AUGUCGUCAUCAAUAACAGGGAGUGAGAAGCAUAGCGGUGGACUGGGAAGUAAUGCAGUCCUUCCGGAAUUUGAUACCGAAUAUGCCUGCUCCGAUCAUGCUAUGGUACGCCAUGUGGUGCAAACCGCAGUGCGCAACUAUUUCUCGGCGUCAUGCACCAAUCCAGCUCAUAUGACCAUCUGUAUCGAUUUCACCGAAGGUGCACCUAUACCUAAUAAUUCUGCACCCAUCGUUCGGUAUCAAGCUCCACUGGUGCAAAUCAAUGUGGAGCGAAAAUUUACUGAUACUUCGACCGCUGUUACGAAGGAUAGCGAAUUACCGGCCGCAUCAACAACAGAAAAAGUCGAUCGAGGAAAGGAAAGUUCACUAUUGAAUGCUGCCAAAAAAUUGUCUGUAUUCACUAUCAAAGAGGAAGCUGAGGAUCUAAAACCGGUGAAAGCAGUAGCUGAGAUAUUAAAGUCGAAAAUGCCACUGCAAGAAGUAUAUAAUCUGAAAUCUGUUGAAAAGAAAGUUGCUGGAAGGAAAAUAUUCGAAUAUUUACCUGUUACAUGUAAGAAGUUUAUGAGUCAACAAAUGUUUAUGGAAUGGAGAAAGAAAUAUGAAGAAGACAAGCGCGCACUUUACACCGAUCAACAAGUAACGACGAAGGAUAGUUUGAGUAGUCCUGUGACAGCUCGUUCAAAUACAAGCAUAUCAUUUCACGAGACAGGAAUGAUAACAACAGAUGAAAAGACGAGUGGAUGGGAAAAAGUUGUUGGUAUUCUUGGCUUUGAGUCAAUUGAUAAUAGAACAAAUAUGAGUAGUAAAGCUAUUCAAAUACGUGGAAAUUUACCUGACACAUUAUAG